CGUGUUCCCGUCCCGGGGUUGUUAGAGUGAGACGUUCCGGUUGAACCUGCUCGGGCGCCUCUGCUCCAGUCGAUGGGAGCCCUCGGCUUCUGCCAGGCAGGCUCCUACCCUGUGUAUGUUCUCUGCUGUCUCCUCGCCGCCUAUCUGCUCAACCAGCUUGAUCGCUAUGUCCUGGCCAUCGUGAUACAACCGCUGGCGCAGGACUUGGAGUUUGGGGAUAGAAGCUGUCUUUCGGCCGGGGGUGCGGAGGGGAGCAAGGUGCAGUGCCGAAACGCCAGCUCCCAAGAGAGUUGUCUCUCCUUCCACAGCGAGAACCAGACACAAUAUUGUCAAUGGAACUACGAUGGGACUGGAUGGGAGUAUCAGAUCAUGGCUGGCCCUGUCUUCGUCCUUGUCUACACCUUGACAGGGAUUGUCGUGGGGUUUAUGGCGGAUUCUGUGAAUCGGAAGAAUUUCCUGUCGGCCAGUGUCUUCCUCUGGAGCCUGAUGACGUUACUGAUGGGCUUCUCCAAGCAAUACUGGCACCUGGUACUGCUGCGCUUUGGGCAAGGGAUCAGUGAGGCGGGAUGCACGCCGUUUGCCAUCAGUCUGAUCGUGGACUACUUCCCCAAGGUGACUCGAGGCUCGGCCAUUGGCUUCUACAACUGGGGAAUCUACGCUGGCUACAGUCUCUCCUACGCUAUUGGCAACUAUGUUACCAGAGCCAACAUCCUGGGGCAGGGCUGGCGAUGGGCGUUCUUCCUCAGCGCUCUCCCCGGGUUUGUCGUGAGCGCUGUCCUGCUGCUGACGGUCCGCGAGGCUGCGACCAGGAGGGGCAGCGCCAGCACCCAUGGUCUCGGUCUCCGGCACAAGCUGGUGCAGGGUCUGCGGCCCUUCCUCCGGCCAUCACUCCUGCUCUUCUCCUUCGCUGGCUCUGUCAGGAAUGCAGCAGGGUAUGUCUGGGCCUACAACACCCAAGUAUAUUUCAACCUGUACUUCAGCGGUGUGGAUGUGGGCCGCUGGUUGUCAUGGAUACCGCUAGUGGGGGGCUGCAUUGGAGCGGUUGCUGGAGGGCUUAUUGCGGAUCAAUUGGUCAAGAGAAGAGGCUUGUACGCACGUGUGUGGGUCUUGGUCGUCAGUCAGGUAGCAGCAGCUCCCUUUGUCGCUGGGGCACUCUGGCUGAAACCGCCAUAUUCCUUCAUCUCUUUAAUCCCGGCCAAUAUAAUUGGUGAGAUGGGCAUCGGGGUGGCGCUGACGAUCGUGGUGGAGCUGGUCGCGCCCGCAGUUCGCACUCCCGUCGUGGCCAUCUACAUCUUCAUCAUAUCCAACAUCGGUGGCAAUGCCCCGCUCCUGGUCACCCCGCUCACCCGCCGCUGGAGCCUGCGCCUGGCCUUGCUCGUCCUGUGUCCCGGCAUGUUUGUGGCCGGAUCCCUGCUCUUCCUCCUUUCGCUGGUGCUGAUGCGCUGGGACCAGAAGCUGGUUUGUGAGGAGGAAUCGCAGCCACUACUGGGGUUUGAGAGCUUUGACCUGGACCAGAGGACACCAAGCGAAGUGGAACUUUACGAAGACUUCUGACGUUUUCCGUGAAGCCGUGGCUGCAGGGGAGGGUGGCUGGGCAGGAUGGUAGGAGGUGGCCAAUUGCACAAUGGGUUCAGUCUGAGGAGCGACAGUGCAGAAAGAGGCCCUUCGGCCCAUCAUGAAGAUCAAUUGAGGAAGAUGUCAGUUCUGCCCAGAAAUAAUAUUGCUCUCUGUGCAGUAAUAAUUCCGCAGCAAACUCCUCCUUUCCAGAGUACACCCUCCGUGGGAGAUACAAAUGUUGGACGAGGUCAACAUCCCUCCAGCAUUUCAGGUCUUUGUUUGUACCUGCUGCUCGCUCUCGUGUUUUUUAGUUUUAGUUUUUGUUUGGAGAUCCAACACGGAAAAAGCUCUUUGGCCCACCGUGUCUGCUCCCACCAGCGAUCCCAGCACGCUAACACUUUCCCACACACACACACACACACACACACUAGGGAAAGUUUACAAUAAUACCAAACCAAUUGGCCUACAAACCCGUACGUCUUUAGGGGUGUGGGAGGAAACCAGGACUCCCAGAGAAAACCCACGCAGGUCACAGGGAGAACAUACAAAGUCAGUACAGAUGGCACCAAUAGUUAGGAUCGAACCUGGGUCUCUGGCGCUGUAAGGCAGCAGCUGUACCAAUCUCACUAUUCCCUCCCAACUCCCAGCCUUCCCCAUGGCGUAGUGUUGCAGCGGUUAGUGCUGCUGCCUGACCAGCAGACAAUAGGUGCAGGAGUCGGCCAUUCGAGCCAGCACCGCCAUUCACUGUGAACAUGGCUGAUCACCGCACACCAACACUGUCCGACACACACUAGGGACACUACCGAAGCCAAUUAACCUACAAACCUGGACGUCUUUGGAAUGUGGGAGGAAGCCGGAGCACCAGGAGAAAACCCACGCUGGUCACGGGGAGAGCAUACAAACUAAGCGCAGACAGCACCCGUAGUCAGGAUCGAACCCGGCUCAACGGCACUGUAAGGUAGAAACUCUACCGCUUCCUUAUGCUUAUGCUUAACAAGGUGCCUGACGUAACUCACGCUAUGGUUUCAAUUGUUUAUUUAUUAUUAGGUAUACCAAGGUACAGCAAAAUGCUUUUUUAUUUUUUGCAUACAGCUCAGCAAGACCAUCACCACACAAAAGCACAAUCCCCUUCGUACUGAAUGUACAGAGCAGCACACUGAGUCCAUAUGUAAGAGCCGCCAUUUCGGCACCGUUUUACACUGUAGUCCCCUCACGAUGACUCCAAAGACUUCAAGGUCAGUGAGAGACCUGAAUAAAGCGGAUGUGGAGAGGAUGUUUCAACUAGUGGGAGAGUCUAGAACCAGAGGCCACAGCCUCAGAAUUAAAGGACAUACCUUUAGGAAGGAGAUGAGGAGGAAUUUCUUUAGUCAGAGGGUGGUGAUUCUGUGGAAUUCAUUGCCACAGACGGCUGUGGGGGCCGUCGUUGGGUAUUUUUGAGAUGGAGAUUGACAGAUAUUUGAUUAGUCCGUGUGUCAGGGGUUACAAGGAGAAGGCAGGAGAAUGGGGUUAAGGGGAAAAGAUAGAUCGGCCAUGAAUGAAUGGCGGAGUAGAUUCGAUGGGCCGAAUAGCCUAUGUCUGCUCCGAUGACUGAUGAACCUAUGAAGGGUCUCGACCAUGAAACGUCACCUAUUCCUUCUCUCCAGAGACGCUGCCUGUCCCGCGGAGUUACUCCAGCAUUGUGUGUCUACCUUCAACUUCUGGAGGUUGUUGGUUGAAGUCUCCUGUGGCCAGGGGAACACUGUACAGUCAGAGGGAUGUUUGUGAGGAAGUGGCGUGGCAUCAGAGUUGCUGCCUUACAGCACCAGAGACCCAGGUUCAACCCUGACUACAGGCGCUGUCUUUACGGAGUUUGCAUGUUCGCCCCCCUGACCUGCGUGGGUUUUUCUCCGAGAUCUUCGGUUUCCUCCCACACUCCAAAGGCGUGCACGUUAGUGGGUUAACUGGCUUGGUAUCAAUGUAAAAUUGUCCCUGGUGUGUGUAGGGUGGUGUAAAUGUGUGGGGAUCGCUGGUCGGUCGGAGCGGACUCGGUGGGCUGAAGGGCCUGUUUCCGAGCUGUAUCACUAAACUAAAGCACCACACGGAUGCUGGACUGUGGGAAAGCUGCACUGCUGGAAGGGCUGUCCUUCAGAUGAGAUUUUUAGCCGUCUAUCUUUUAGACGUGUACACUGGCACCCAUCCAAGAAAAGCAGGAGUGCUCUUUAGUUCUGACUCUGGCUCUUUCAUGGAAUGUUAAGUGGGAUUUGGGAUUAUUUUUCAGGGGGUUUGUUGAAGGUGAGGUUUAUUUUACCAGGUUGGAGCAGAGUAUUUUCUGACGAUUAAUGAGAGCACUCAAUCGGGGCAUUAUCCGAGGGAUUAUUUGGACAUUUGGUUUGAUUAUUUGAAGGUGGUUUUUGAACAGAUUGUAUUGAGGACUGUUAUUCGAGGGGACAAAUUCAUGAGUUGUUAUUUGGCAAUGGCUCAAGGUUUCAUUCACCAGUAGCAGCCGCUGGGGAUAUUAAGGGGGAGUUAGUUGUGGAUUUAGAUGGAAGUUUAUUUACAGUGCAGGCAGGAACUGCAGAUGUUGGUUUACACCGAAGAUAGACACAACAUGCUGGAGAAACUCAGUGGGACAGGCAGCAUCUCUGGAGAGAAGGAAUAGGUGACGUUUCAGGUCGAGACCCUUAAGCCAUUCCUUUUCACCAGUUCAUUUACAGUGUUGGUUUAGUUUAGAGAUACAUCACGGAAACAGGUCCACCGAAUGCGCGCUGACCACACACUAACACUGUACUAAACAAUGUUACAUAAUAUUAAAACAAAUAAUCUACAAAACCUGUACAUCGUUGGAGCUUGGGAGGAAACCGGGAGCACCUGGAGAAAACCCACGCGGUCACAGGGAGAAACUCUGUACGGAUAUCAAGUACUGUAUCUAUGAUUCUAUGGCUUGGAAUCAACAUCAACACUGACCUUGGAAGAAUGUGGACCAUAGGUGAGGUUUAAAUGUAUAAGGCCUUGCGUUUCUAACCCUCCCCCAAGCAUCGCCGCUCCUCUCCCCAACUCAGAGUGGGUUAUUCACUGUAUUAGAGUUUAGUUUAGUGUCUCAGCCACUGCACCAUACGAUCCGGCACUGAGGUAAAGACUUCUAAUUCCUGCCACCCAAGCUUCCCGGGACAUGAGGUAAUGGCUGGUUUUCCUCUCACCAUCCUCCCUUCAUUAACUGGUGACCAACUUUCUUCCCACCUCUCACUUUUUCCAUCAUGUUAUCUCAAGUGCCUCCUCUCCCCGUGUCGCACAUCAAAGCCAACAGUUUCAUCAAGAUGUUGAAGCAGAGUUCACGUUAGUUGAAAUGAACACCAAAGGCCAUUCUGCCCAUCACUCCAGUUCUUUCUCCAUUAUAUUUGGAAUGCCUUGCAAUGCUGAAUAAAGUGUUCUUCAAACAUGGGCUCCAACCCCCUCCCCCAUACAUUCUGCUUCCAGAACCUCGGCAUUCUAGUACCUUAGCGAUGGCCAGCACAGUGGCACAGCGGCAGAGUUGCUGCCUCACAGCGCCAGAGACCCGUGUUCGAUCCACACUACAGGUGUAUGCGGUGCGGAGUUUGUACGUUCUCCCAGUGACCUGCGUGGGUUUUCUCCGGGAUCACCGGUUUCCUGCCACACUCCAAAGACGUACAGGUUUGCAGGCUGUAAUAGGCUUGGUAUCAUUCGAAGGUAGACACAAAAUACUGGAGUAACUCAGCAGGACAGGCAGCAUCUCUGGAGAGAAGGAAUGGGUGAAGUUUCAGUCUGACCCGAAACGUUACCCAUCCAUGUUCUCCAGAGAUGUUGCCUGAGCUGCUGAGUUACUCCACCACUAUUGUGUCAUUAAAGUUCUUGUCCCACGAGCAUGCGGCAAGUGUGACCUAAAGGGCCUGUCCCACCAGUAUGCGACUCCAUGCGGCAAGCACGGCCUAACGUGGUCGCGUGAGCCGUACGGCCUCGCGGGGCCGGUCCCACUUCGAUCGCCGGAGUCGUAUGGAGUUGUGCGGAGCUGGUCCCGACAUCGCGCGGGGCUCCGAAAAACUGACCGUGUUCAAAAAUUCCGCGCGGCAACGGCCUGCCGGCCCACACCUGCCUCAACGCCGUACGUCACGCGCGAACUUCCCGCGGACUUCGC